AGUACAAGCUGUAAAUUUCAGUGACUGUAUAAUAACGUUAAUUUUACAGUAACAUAAAGGCAACCCUGCUGCCAGUUCUUUACUGUUAUUUAUACAGUGCAGUUUGUCCUUGCCAAGACAUUUUUCGGUAGAAUGAACUCCAAAAAGGCCUCAGACAGUGUGUGCUGUGCUCUGUGGGGUGUUUUUCAUGUUUAGAUAAGUAUUCUGCAGCCGAUUGGCUAUAUCCAACAAGUCUUUUUGACGUCACACGUCCAACUUUUGGGAGAUGUAUACGCGCGCACUGCGGGUUUUUUAACUUUCUAUCUUUCUCCACAUCAGGCUGAACAGUUUAGGAUGGUUUGCCACUCAGGGUGGACAACAAAUCGCAUUUUAUAUAGGUCUUGUAUUUUGGGAAUAUAGCCUGCAGCGUGCCACGUGCGUAAUGACGAGUAUAGCCUCUAAAUAGAAGAAUUAAGAUGCUUUAUGAGAAAGAGAAAGAGAAAGAUAGCAUGUCAGAGUAGUUUACUCUGAGGAAGGAGUGUGUGUGUGGAAAAGGAAUUACUCAUUUCUCACACCAACACUUGGCACAGCCUUUUUGCGCGCCUUUAUGUCACCACCGGACGCGUCUCCAAAGCCCAUGGAUAAAAAGGACCAGCAGAAUGGUUGUUGUGGGAGCGAGUAACGGAAGCUUCGGUAACAUGAGGUCGUCGUUCAUGAUAGAAGAUACUAGAGUCUUUGGUGGUGGUGGAGAUCCAGGAGGCUCCACCAACAUGAUGAUCUCGGAGGCUCUUGCGCCUCGGCUGCUGAAGAUUGCGCAGGGCGCCGCAGAGGCAGCAGCAGCAGCGGCAGCGACGACGACUUCUCCAUCAUCCACCUCCAGCACUCAGCCGCAGGUCAUGGAGAUGGAGAUGGAGACGAACGGGACGCGGUGCGGAGAGCAGAUACUGAGCUACGGCCGCUUCGAGAAGGUGCUGAUCGGAGGCAUCCUCACCAUGCUCACGCUGUCCACCAUCUGCGGGAACUCGCUGGUGGUCAUCUCGGUGUGCGUCGUGAAGAAGCUUCGACAGCCGUCCAACUAUCUGAUCGUGUCGCUGGCCGUGGCGGACCUGUCGGUGGCUCUGGCCGUGAUGCCCUUCGUCAGCAUCACGGACCUGAUCGGAGGCCAGUGGAUAUUCGGACAGUUCUUCUGUAACGUUUUCAUCGCCAUGGAUGUGAUGUGCUGCACCGCGUCCAUCAUGAGUCUGUGCGUAAUCAGCAUUGACAGGUAUCUGGGUAUCACGAAACCCCUGACGUAUCCUGUCCGGCAAAACGGCUGCUGCAUGGCCAAGAUGGUCCUGUCAGUGUGGCUCCUCUCAGCCUCCAUCACCCUCCCCCCUCUGUUUGGCUGGGCGCAGAACGUCAAUGACGGCCGGGUCUGCCUCAUCAGCCAGGACUUCGGCUACACCGUCUACUCUACAGCUGUGGCGUUCUACAUCCCCAUGUCAGUGAUGUUGAUCAUGUACUACAGGAUCUUCCGGGCGGCAAAACUCAGCGCUGCUAAGCACUGCAUCACCGGCUUCCCCAGAGAAGUGAAGCCCGUUGCAGGGGCGGCUCCUCGUGGGGGAAGAAGAGGGCACGAGGCUCAGCGGCUAGAAGCAUCAGGAGAGACAGGAAGUGUUGAAGCGACAGAGGCUGAACAGGAAGAGGAGGAGAGCUUGGACUGCGUGGCAGCGGCGUUGAAGCUCCAGCGCGAGGUGGAGGAGGAGUGCAGCACGCGCGUCUCUCGCCUCCUCAAGACCGGUGAACACCACCAGCGGCGGAAGAGGAAAAACCAGUCCAUCUUCAAGCGGGAGCAGAAAGCCGCGGCCACUCUGGGCAUCGUGGUCGGCGCCUUCACCUUCUGCUGGCUGCCGUUCUUCUUGGUGUCCACCGCCAGGCCGUUUGUCUGCGGCGUGGAGUGCAGCUGCGUGCCCCUCUGGCUGGAGAGAACUCUGUUGUGGCUCGGAUACGCCAACUCCCUCAUUAAUCCCUUUAUUUAUGCGUUUUUCAACCGUGAUCUGAGGACCACCUACAGUAACCUCCUGCGGUGCCGCUACAGGAACAUCAAUCGGAAGCUGUCUGCGGCUGGCAUGCACGAGGCUCUGAAGCUGGUGGAGAAGCCAGACGCUGAUGUGUAGAGCUGCAGGUCUGCCAAUCAGCGAUGCUGCAGAGACCAACAGAGACAGCCAGGGGAAAUGCCCAGUGGGUCUCAGACUGUGGCACAAGGCCACAACGCUGCCAGAAUGGUUAUUUCCCCAAAUUUGUACAAUGAUUGCUGAGGCGAGAUGAGGCAGGAUGAGGCAGGAUGCCGUGAUUAAAUGGAUGCACAUGAAGGAACACUGAAGAAGCCUUUUUUUUCUGGGGCUUGGGAAAAAAAUUAGGGAAGGUUUAUCUCGGUGGCAAUAAAUUCAUAUUGUCUGAAUAGUGGCUGCUGCAGUGUAACUACUGUCCAACAAUUGUAAUGAUGGUUGCUACCUUGAUGCAUUCAAAACUGGUUGCUACUCUACUGAACCAUCUUUUGCACAUGACAUUGUUACAUAAGUUGGUGGAGCUACACACUGACUUUGUACUCGUCUACCAUCACGAGUGGAAACUUUCCGAUUCAAUAGCCAGUGUCUUGUAUUUUCAGAUUGGGCCAAGGAAAACUUGACCUCGCGAACAAAAAACGGAGGAGUUCUUGGAGCUCAAGGGGCCCACGAGGCUAGAACACCAAAUGUAUUCACCUUGGUCCCUGGUCAUCACACCGACACUGGUUUUCACUGCUUCAAAAUGUCGAGUUUGCUUCAGUGGACAAGCAUGAUAACAAGUGGACAAGUUAUGAUUAAAACUCAACUGACAUGUAAAAUUUGUACACAAGUCGACAGACACGCUGAUUCUGGGACAAACCUUGUUUCAGAGGUGGCUCCCUCUGAGGAUCUAUCACACCUGAUAUGAGUUUAUAUUUUCUGAAGAUGCUUUUUAUUUGAUCAAUAUCACUAUGUGUUGAAUGUGCCAAAACUUGCUCCUUUUUUUCUCUGUUCAAAUCGCUUUGUUGAGAAACUAUUUAUGGAUCAAUCAAGAUCAAAUGUUUUAUGGUUAGGCUGCUCACUUAUGAGCAAACACACAUUUUUAGGAAAUGAGGAACUAUCGUAGGUGAGAGGAUGGAAGCCAACACGCCAGAGAUGUGAAGAAGUUUGGAGAACCACGAUCACUUGGGACUUUUUAUCGUUAAAGGUUUGGUUGCAGCCCACAAGAGUCUCUUUUCAAACUAUGCACCUCGUGUUUUAGAUUUGACACAAAGUGUGACGCUCUGAGCUGAUCAUGGAUCAGUUUGAGCCUUGUUGUGUGUUACAUCACACAAUAGCUUGUGCAACAGGCACUAUCCAGAUAGAGGAGUGGAUCAUGGUUUAAACUCUGAGCUUUCAGAACGACCUUUCCUCUUGUACAUCCUUAAUUUCAGUGACACCAUCCCAAUCCAUAUCCAUUUUAUACCAAGUCAUUAUCAAUUUAACAUUUGAUUAUAUUUGGUCUAAAGUAUGCUAGAAAAUAUUAAAUGUCCAUCACAAUUCCUCAGACCCCAGGGUGAUGCCUUCAAAUCUGUUGUGUUGUCUGACCAACAGCCCAAACCCCAAAGACAAUCAAUUUCCAGUAAUAGAAGCAGUAAAUCCUUAUAAUUGAGAAGCUGAAACCUGCAAAUUGUGGGACUGUUUUGCUUGACGAAUGACUUAAAGCCCCUGAAAACGUAGUUUCAAAUUUUAAGUAUUUCUCUCUUCCCGAAAAGGGAAGGCGUAUAAAUAGCACGACAUUACAAGGACAUUCAGCGUGUCAUUGGAACGCAUUUUAGCCUUUUCGCAUGUCAUUUGUGCGUCUCUUUUGCAUGUCAUGUUUAGGCUGCAGUUAGGUUUAGGCAAUAAAAUCACUUAGUUAGGUUUGUUUAAGAAAAACAUCAUGAUUGGACUUAAAACAAGUAUGUAAUCUAAGUCUGAAAUACGUAUGGAAACAACGUAACAUAAGUAUGGAAAACGAGUAAAAAAUGUCACUAAAAAAAAACACGCCACUUCAAAAUAAC